CCGGGGAAGACGAGCGUCUGCUCGCGUCUAGUCCGUCGCGCUUCCAGCCAGGGCACAGCCCGGACUGAGGAUGGCUUCCACCACCACCUGCACCAGGUUCACCGACGAGUAUCAGCUUUUCGAGGAGCUCGGAAAGGGGGCAUUCUCAGUGGUGAGAAGAUGUAUGAAAAUCCCUACUGGACAAGAAUAUGCUGCCAAAAUUAUCAACACCAAAAAGCUUUCUGCUAGGGAUCAUCAGAAAUUGGAAAGGGAAGCUAGAAUCUGCCGUCUUUUGAAGCACCCCAAUAUUGUGCGACUUCAUGACAGCAUAUCAGAAGAGGGCUUCCAUUACUUGGUGUUUGAUUUAGUGACUGGAGGUGAGCUCUUUGAAGACAUCGUGGCAAGAGAGUAUUACAGUGAAGCUGACGCCAGUCAUUGUAUACAGCAGAUUCUAGAAAGUGUAAAUCAUUGUCACCUAAAUGGCAUAGUUCACAGGGACCUGAAGCCUGAGAAUUUGCUUUUAGCUAGCAAAUCCAAGGGAGCAGCUGUGAAACUGGCAGACUUUGGCUUGGCCAUAGAAGUUCAAGGAGACCAGCAGGCAUGGUUUGGUUUUGCUGGCACACCUGGAUACCUUUCUCCAGAAGUUUUACGUAAAGAUCCUUAUGGAAAACCAGUGGAUAUGUGGGCAUGUGGUGUCAUUCUCUAUAUCCUGCUGGUGGGGUAUCCACCCUUCUGGGAUGAAGACCAACACAGACUCUAUCAGCAGAUCAAGGCUGGCGCUUAUGAUUUUCCAUCACCAGAAUGGGACACAGUGACUCCUGAAGCCAAAGACCUCAUCAAUAAAAUGUUAACCAUCAACCCUGCCAAACGUAUCACAGCCUCAGAAGCACUGAAACAUCCAUGGAUCUGUCAACGUUCUACUGUUGCCUCCAUGAUGCACAGACAGGAGACUGUAGACUGCUUGAAGAAAUUCAAUGCUCGAAGAAAACUAAAGGGUGCCAUCUUGACAACAAUGCUGGCCACGAGGAAUUUUUCAGCAGCCAAGAGUUUAUUGAAGAAACCAGAUGGCGUAAAGAUAAACAACAAAGCCAACGUGGUAACCAGCCCCAAAGAAAAUAUUCCUACCCCGGCGCUGGAGCCCCAAACUACUGUAAUCCACAACCCUGAUGGAAACAAGGAGUCAACCGAGAGUUCAAAUACAACAAUUGAGGAUGAAGAUGUAAAAGCACGAAAACAAGAGAUUAUCAAAGUCACAGAACAACUGAUAGAAGCUAUCAACAAUGGGGACUUUGAAGCUUACACAAAAAUCUGUGACCCAGGUCUUACUGCUUUUGAACCAGAAGCUUUGGGUAAUUUAGUGGAAGGGAUGGACUUUAACCGGUUCUACUUUGAAAAUGCUUUGUCCAAAAGCAAUAAACCAAUCCACACCAUUAUCCUGAACCCUCACGUGCACCUGGUAGGGGAUGACGCUGCUUGCAUAGCAUACAUUAGGCUCACACAGUACAUGGAUGGCAGCGGGAUGCCAAAGACAAUGCAGUCGGAAGAGACCCGUGUGUGGCACCGCCGGGAUGGAAAGUGGCAGAACGUUCAUUUUCAUCGCUCCGGGUCACCAACAGUACCCAUCAAGCCACCCUGUAUUCCAAAUGGGAAAGAAAACUUCUCAGGAGGCACCUCUUUGUGGCAAAACAUCUAAGGCCUGAAAACCAUUCACAAAUGGGUCUUCUAAAUAUCAACAGUGCCACUUCCGCAUUCUCUGUUCUCAAGGCACCUGGAUGGUAACCCUGAGCCGUCCUCCCCUCCUCUUCAUGCAUGUUUCUGAGUGCAUGAAGUUGUGAAGGUCCUACACGUAAUGCAUAUGUGAUGCACCAUCUUAUCAUAUAUUCCUUCCUACACAUUGUUUACACUUCGACUACGGGAUGUUCCAUGAGAACUUAAAUUACUCUCGGCAAACAACAGGGGGAGGGCAGACAAAAAAAUUCCACAAUUUUCCAAGUACAACCUACUCAUCAAAUUUCUCAGUUUAUGCCAAGGUUUAACAGAUUAAAAAUUAUUGUUCUCUGAAUGACAGUUUGUAAGAAAAAUGUAAAUUUUUAAAAACUCUUUGCUGUUAGUCUGUUUUGGCUUGUUUAUUUUCUUUUUUAAAAAAUGGCAAAAAAAAAAUACCUUCAGUUUUGUGAUGAUCCAGGUUGAAAUGGAUGAUGUUUCACUGGAUUUUACAAGUGGGUGAAUAUGUGGGCAAAAUCAUAUAUGAAUGUAAAAGGAAGAACCAAUUGGUUUACUACCAUCUAAAGCCAUAUUGUUUUGGGUCAAAUUGUGUAAACUGGAAGAAUUCACAUCAUUUAUGAGUUUGAUCACUUUAGGAUAUAUAUACUCACUGUUCUGGUAUAUUUGCUAACUUGAUUUUUUUUCUUUCUCAAAUCUGUGCUGUUUUCUUCAUUUAAUCCCAUUUCCCUUUUCCUUUUGUUUGCAUCCUUUUUAAUCUUUCUUUUUUACUAUUCUUUAUUUUGAUUUUCGGGGUGCUGGUAUGUAUUAAAAAAGAUUAAAGUAAAAUGUGCGUAAUGAAGGUAGAGUAAAGCUAGAGGCCUUCGGAGUGUAAUUAAACUAAUGCUUUUGACCAUCUUCAGGGCCCACAACUAUGUGGUUAAGAUUUUAAAGGUUUUUAAUCUGCUUAGGCUCUGGUAAGGACGUAGGUGCCCUGUGUGGAAGGUUCUCAAAUUGUUCAAACUCAAGAUAAAAGCGAGUUCCUACUCCAAGCUGCAAUGUGUCUGGCCGACUGAGGCCGUUGCAGGAGAAUACCGAGUUGAUAGCAGAUCAGAGUUUUGUGCAAAUGCACUUACUUCUGCCUUGUGGAAUGUUAAGGCCCCUCCAGCAACAACCCUCACUGGUUUUCUAAAGUUAGAGAGGCUAACGAGUGUUUUCCAUCCUCACCGUGUUUUGAACUUGGUCUUUGUGACUUGUGCUGUUUUAGCUUCUCUUUUGAGUCAAGUAUCAUGAUCUUCCUCCAAGGAGUUAGGAUUUUCCAUUAUAAAACAAAAGGAAAAGGGAAAUGUCCACGUUUUCUUCAUGCUUUUCGUUUGUCCUUUGUUGAUCCAGUUCCCGUGAGGCUUUUUCUCCACUCAGAAACGCUCUCUAGCGCAUGGACUCUCCCUCAGCAUCAUGUUCGCGUGCAAUUCACAGUCUUCUUCAGAAGCCUAUUUUUAAAGCAGAAGCAAAAACCAAAAUCGAAACAACGAAAAACAAUCCUCCCUCUUUUCUCUCAUGUCACCUUUCUGUGUCGUUACUAAUCACCUUAGAUAUCGUUGCUAGUGGAUGUUUGGUAGAUGGGUUGAAGCUUUUCUGAUAAUUAUUACACGAUUUAAAACAAUAUAUAUUUAAAAUAAAUAUAUACAGUCAAUGUAUUGAGCCAUGUUAACCUGCCAAUGAGAUCUGUGAAAAAGUAAUGGCCUCAUUUUUCCCUUUUUAAUUUCUUUUACCUUUUUGUGAAGCAGCUAUACGUGGCAUACAUGUAUUUAAAAAAAAAAUUAGGUGUUAGAGUGGUUUUUUUUUUACACUUUUAACUUAGCAUGUGGUGUUGAAGUAUUCCUGUAGAUCCAGUUUGUCUUCCCACUCCGAUGUGAGGAAACCGUGGUCCGUUCUCUCCACCACACCGGAAUUACACAUUUAUUAUCUCCUAUCGUUUUGAAACACUGCAGUUUACCAUGGGACACUGUAUAUAUUUCUUGCCAUAAUGGUAAAUGACUGAUUGAUAUAUGUAAGAGUUAAUAAAUUUGUGAUUUCUGCUGA